UUUAGAUUAUUUUAAUUUAGAAUAAGGCAAAAUGUUUUACAUCACGGAACGGAGGGAGUAUGGCACCUAAUAGUACAGUACGUCGCGGCAUCACCAUGGCACGUUGUUGCUUCUCAACAAGAUCAGAAGUCACGCUCCACAGCAGCUACCAGUACGAGCGAGUACGAUGAGCAUCCCCUUCCUUGAGCACAAAGCAAGCGGCCGGAAAAUGCAGACACGCCGCACGUUCCCCCGCCCGGCGACCUCGAGCGACGUACUAACAUUUUUCCCGAGCGGCAAGCAAGCAUAGAUACCAAGACUAAACAACAAGAAAGGCGGCGGCCCAUGCAUGCACGGCCGGCCACCGCACUGCAGUUGCAGGAGCUAGCUCCCGACGACGCACCACGCAUCACCAUUCACCAAACGGAGCGGUGGAUGGAGAGAGGGGUAAAGCUAGGAGCGAGCACGAAGCGACGCCGAGAGAUUUCAGUUUUAGUUUUUCAAAAAAGAGAGAGAUUUCAGUUUUUCUUGGGAAAUAAAGCGAAAGCGGGGACGGAGCCGGCUAGCGCAUACAGGAUCAUCUCAUCCACCACCGCCACCGCGGCCGAUCCGCCCCUUUUCCAUCUUUCCCCGCUGCGCCGCCCGGCUUUUCGUUUUCGCUUCCCCGCCGACCGCUUUGGAGAUCCAUGGCCGAUCCACACUGCAGCCGCUGCUGCUGCUACCCCUUCAACCUCGCGAAAGCCAAGGAUAUAAACAGACCCUGCUGGCUGCACCAGUGGCGGGGCAGUGCCAAUCACGGGACAGAGCAGCAAGGCAGCCAUGGCGCGCGAGGGCAGAGUGAUCAGUCGCGGGUUGGUAGUGGCGGUGUCGCUGCUGCUGCUCCUGCUCUGCUCCACUCGGUGUGAAGCGAGAACCAUCAGCAGGCGGCUGCAGAGCAGGAGCAGCAACCCGCUGCUGAACGCGCUGUUCAAGCUCAACUUCAUCCGGACGGUGGAGCCAGCGCGCCUACGGCCGCCUCCGACCGCCGGCGCGGACGCCGAGAGCCUCGCCGCCGGCGACACCAACGCACCGUUCUGCGUCAACCCGCCGGACGCGCCGCCGUCGUCGACGACGGCGCCUCCCUUCGUCUCGACGCCGUUCACCCCGUCCUUGCCGGACCAGCCCCCGCCGCUGCCGCCAAUCACCCCCGUGCCGCCGUCCUUCGAGCCCAGCCCGCCGGACAGCGGCGCCCCAGGCGGAGGCGAGAGUGGCGGUCAAGGCCAAGGUGGCGGUCAAGGCCAGGGUGGCCAGGGUGGAGGUCAAGGUCAGGGUGGAGGUCAAGGCCAGGGCGGCCAGGGAGGUCAAGGUCAGGAAGGCCCACCAGCAUCCACGACGCCGAGCACGCCGCCGCAGGUCGGCCCGGGCGCGCCGUUCGGGUCGGCGCCGCCGAGCCCCAUCGUCGUGGUGCCGACCCCGCCAGAAUUCGGGCCCGGUCCCGGCUCAGGCUCCGGCGGUGGCUCGGGUUCCGGUGGCGGUGGCGGUGGCGGCGGCGGCCCGUUCCAGCCGCCGAUAAUCUACCCGCCUCCGCUGGCGCCGCCGCUGCCGCCGGGGGCCGGGCAGACGCUGUGGUGCGUGGCGAAGCCGACGGUGCCGGACCCGAUCAUCCAGGAGGCCAUGGAAUACGCGUGCGGCUCCGGCGCCGAGUGCGACUCCAUCCAACCCAGCGGCGCCUGCUACCACCCCAACACCGUGCUCGCGCACGCAUCCUUCGCCUUCAACAGCUACUGGCAGCAGACCAAGGGGACGGGGGGCACCUGCGAUUUCGGCGGCACCGCCACCAUUGUCACUAGAGACCCAAGCUAUGAGAAGUGCAAAUUCGACCUUCUAUAAGGGCACUCAAAUAGCAGCAGAACAGACUGCAGAUGUGCAAAUUUUUCCCAAGUUCAUUGGGGUUCAUUGUUCCUUUUGCUUCUAGGCCACACCAGUUGCAGAUUUUGUAACUAGCUCCUCUUCACUAGUAUUAUUUUGAAUUUUGUAAGACUAAUACUGUGCACAGCUGAAAGGUGAUUCCAUGA